UUCAUGUUACAGGUAAAAGAAUUAUUUAAGCCUUAAAAGCCAAACUUACUUAACACUGUCUUUUAUAAAUUAAUACAGGGCAAUGGAAAUGUCGAAAGGGUAUUAACAUUGCUUUAUACACGAUGAAAUGAAUCCAAUGACAAGAAAAUUCUUGUCAUUUUUCUAUGAAUCAUCCAAAAGAUGAAAUUCACAGAAAUCAGGGCAGAGGAUAAUGCUUCCACUGUGACAGAGUUUCUCCUCCUGGGAUUUUCAGACCUUCCUAACUUACAAGGGAUUUUGUUUGGGAUGUUCUCCAUAAUUUACUUGAUCAUAUUGGUUGGAAAUAGUUUCAUAAUUGUGAUAACUAGAAUUGAUCCUGCACUACAGAAGCCCAUGUAUUUUUUCCUGGCAAAUUUUUCUUCUCUGGAAAUCUGUUAUGUUUCAGUCACUCUCCCUAGGAUUCUGUUUAGCAUUGCUACUCAAGAGAGAAAGAUUUCUGUCCUCAGCUGUGCCACCCAGUUGUGUUUCUUCCUUAUGCUGGCAGCCACUGAGUGUUUCCUGCUGGCUGUGAUGUCUUAUGACCGCUAUGUGGCCAUCUGUAACCCUCUGCACUAUCCUUUGGUCAUGAACCCAACAAAGUGCACUCAGCUGGCAGCAGCCUCCUGGCUUGGAGGCAUCCCAGUCCAGAUAGGACAAACCUGUCAGAUAUUUUCUCUACAUUUCUGCAAUUCUAACCAAAUCAACCACUUCUUGUGUGACAUACCACCCAUUCUCAAGCUGGCCUGCGGAGACACGUCAAUAAAUGAGCUAUCUGUCUAUUUAGUGGCUAUAUUAUUUGCUGCAGUCCCUUUUAUGUUGAUUCUUGCAUCUUAUGGCAAAAUCAUUGCCACCAUUCUGAAGUUGCCAACAGCCACAGGACGGGCAAAAGCCUUCUCAACAUGUUCUUCCCACUUGCUUGUGGUGUUUUUGUUUUUUGGAUCAGCUACUAUUACCUACUUGAGGCCAAAGUCCACCCAUUCUCCAGGAACUGACAAACUAUUCUCUCUGUUUUACAGCAUUGUGACUCCCAUGUUAAAUCCUCUGAUAUACAGUCUUAGAAACAAGGAGGUGAUUGCUGCACUGAGAAAAUUGUUACGUAUCAAGUAG